UAGCAGUGCUAGAGAGAGAAACAAAUUAACCAAGAAAUCCUCUUAAGAAGGAUACUGACAGUGCACGCCAGCUAGCUAAUCACUCCACCAGUUUCGGGGAAAAAAUAUCAAGGAUUUCGAGAUCCUAGCUCGCUAGCAGGUGAUCGAUCGAUCGAUCAAUGGCCCUGGUGCAGUCGGCGCGGCGUGCCGCGGGGCCGGCGGCGAGCCGGCUCUUCUCGACGGCGUCGGUGGCGGCGGCCGGGCGCUCCCCCGUGGCUGGCCUGCCGAAGGCGCUGCCGCGGCCGGCCAUAUCGUCGCUGUGGAUGGUCGGCGCCGCCGCUCCGCCCCGCCGCUUUGCCGGCACGGCGGCGGUGGGCGGUGUCGACGUGACCGCGCCGACGGCGACGCCACCGCCGGCGAAGAAAGAGGAAUCGGAGAAGGAGGCGGCGAGCUACUGGGGCGUGGCGCCGACGAGGCUCGUCAAGGAAGACGGCACGGUGUGGAAGUGGUCCUGCUUCCGGCCGUGGGACACGUACGAAGCUGACGUGGCGAUCGAUCUGACGAAACACCACAACCCGGCGACGCUCGGUGACAAGGUUGCCAGGUGGACGGUCAAAUCGUUGCGCUGGCCGGUUGACCUCUUCUUCCAGAGGAGGUACGGGUGCCGGGCGAUGAUGCUGGAGACGGUGGCGGCGGUGCCGGGGAUGGUGGCCGGCGCGGUGCUGCAUCUGCGUUCGCUGCGGCGGUUCGAGCACAGCGGCGGGUGGAUCCGGGCGCUGCUGGAGGAGGCCGAGAACGAGCGGAUGCACCUGAUGACGUUCAUGGAGGUGUCGCAGCCGCGGUGGUACGAGCGGGCGCUGGUGGUCGCCGUCCAGGGCGCCUUCUUCAACGCCUACCUCGCCUCCUACCUCCUCUCCCCUCGCUUCGCCCACCGCAUCGUCGGCUACCUCGAGGAGGAGGCCGUCCACUCCUACACCGAGUUCCUCCGCGACCUCGACGCCGGCAAGAUCGACGACGUCCCCGCCCCCGCCAUCGCCAUCGACUACUGGCGCCUCCCCGCCGACGCCACCCUCAGGGACGUCGUCAUGGUCGUCCGCGCCGACGAGGCCCACCACCGCGACGUCAACCACUACGCCUCCGACAUACAUUACCAGGGUCACGCGCUGAGGGAGGUGGCCGCGCCGCUCGGCUACCACUGAUCGGACGGACGGACACGAUCUAUCGCCAUUAAGGGAUCAAUAAAUAUCCGGAGACAAUAAUUGUAGUAUUAUUUGGACGCAUGCAAUGAUCGUUGCAGUUCCUCUCAACACUUUUGUGAUAUUUCAGAAUUCAGAAUUUUUUACUCCUUGUGCUGUGUUCGUUGUGGUUGUAUAUACAGCUGGUUUGUUAGUUUACUGUGGUGUCGGUCUCAAUUAAGGGAUGUGAAAAUUGAUUGGAACUGUGAACCAAUUUAUUUUACAUAUAUGAUACUAUAUGUCUUCUUGUUGGUUUCGUUA